ACCUAUUUUUGCUGUGUUGAACGAAUCAAAGCAUUCCUACGGCAACGCCACUUGGACAAAUUGUAUUAUAUAGCAAAUCGCGCUUUUGCCGGUACAGCGUCUGAGUGAGAGGUCGAAGCAGCAGCAGCUGAAGUACUCUUCUCCUUCCACGGGAAGACGUGGACUCCCUCCACGACACUCGUAAACAAGGCAGGGCUCGCGUCAUUUUAAUCGCCUUUUUCAAGAAAAAAAGUCGACGCUCCUGAGCGAGUGGAUGUUGGUUGAAGUUGCCCAGGGUGCUCUUCUGGACUAGUUUUUCUUCACCCCCAACUCCGUUUUCCUGUUUUUCUUUUCUUAUUUUUGGAGAUAUAUCUUUUUUUUAACGUCACCAUCCAAGAGCCCUCACCUAGUGGUUUACAUGGUCUACAUUCAGACAGCACCCGCUGACGGACUUUGGCCUCGCACCUCCACUACAUCGUACGAGGAAACAUGAGCUCAGCCAAGGCCAGUGGGAGCAAAGUACCCAGCAAGGUAGCCCGGCCACUGGCCACCGGCAUCCCCAAGACCAACCCGGGCACAGGAAGUAAAGCUGCCUUGGCCGACAAAUCUGCCGCCAGCACGGAUGACAACCACGAUGCCGGGGACAGUUUCCAGAUUGGCGAGCGCGUCUGGGUGAACGGAACCAAACCGGGCUACGUCCAGUUUUUGGGAGAGACCCAGUUCGCCCCGGGGCAGUGGGCAGGCAUCGUUCUGGAUGAGCCAAUCGGGAAGAACGACGGCUCGGUGGCGGGCGUGCGCUACUUUGAGUGCGAUGCCCUGCGAGGGAUCUUCACCCGCCCAUCCAAGCUGUCGCGCACCGAGGGCGAAGGGGACGGCGCCCAGACGGCGCCGCCCUCUCGCACCGCCUCGCCCACCCGGUCCGUGGCCAGCGUGGCCUCCCACACUACCGCCAUCAAGUCCGCGCCGGCCAAGAAGGCCUCUGCUGCGGCCUCAUCCGCGACGCCGGCCGCUCAGUCUUCCAACCUGGCUCGCACCAACAGCGAGUCCAUUUCCAACUUGUCAGAGAGCGGCUCGGUCAAGAAAGGAGAGCGGGAACUGAAGAUGGGCGACCGGGUGUUGGUCGGUGGAACCAAGGCAGGAGUGGUGCGCUUUAUCGGAGAUACGGAUUUCGCAAAAGGCGAGUGGUGCGGUGUGGAGCUGGACGAGCCCUUGGGGAAGAACGAUGGUGCGGUGGCAGGCACGCGGUACUUCCAGUGCCAGCCCAGGUACGGCUUGUUUGCGCCAGUGCACAAGGUCACGCGCAUCGGCUUCCCCUCCACCACGCCGGCCAAGGCCAAGGCGGCGGCUCGCAAGGCUGCUGCCACGCCGGGCGGCCUGAAGCGAAGCCCCAGCGCCUCCUCAAUCAGCACCAUGAGUUCCGUGGCCUCCUCUGUCAGCGCCAAGCCGAGCCGCACUGGCCUGCUGACAGAGACGUCGUCACGGUACAACCGCAAGAUCUCGGGCACCACAGCUCUGCAGGAGGCUCUGAAAGAGAAGCAGCAGCACAUCGAGCAGCUCAUGGUGGAGAGGGACAUGGAGAAGGCCGAGGUGGCCAAAGCCACCAGCCACGCCGGGGAGAUGGAGCAGGAAAUCACCCUGCUCAGGGACGACCAGGAGCAGAUGGAGGCCAAGAUGGAUCAGUUACGUGCCUUGGUGGAGGCAGCCGACAAAGACAAAGUUGAGCUGCUCAACCAGCUCGAGGAGGAGCGGAGGAAAGUUGAGGACCUACAAUUCCGUGUUGAGGAAGCGUGCAUCACCAAAGGGGACCUGGAGACGCAGACCAGGCUGGAGCAUGUCCACAUUAAGGAGCUUGAACAGAGCCUGCACUUUGAAAAGACCAAAGCUGAGAAGCUCCAAAGAGAGUUAGAAGACACUAGGGUUGCCACCGUGUCGGAAAAAUCUCGCAUAAUGGAGCUGGAGCGUGACCUCUCACUUCGCACCCGAGAGGUCGCCGACCUGCAGCUCCGUCUCGGCUCCCAGCAGGUCUCCGACGACCCCGACGCCGGCGGCGUCUCUCCCCUCCUGGAGGAGAUCACCUCCCUGAGGGACCGUUUGGCCUCGCUGGAAGCCGAGCAUCAGCAGGACCUGGCCGGGCUACGUGAGAAGUUGGAAUCUCAGGUGAAGGCGCACGGCGAGGCGACCGCCCAACUCCAGGCCGCCGGCGUAAAACUGUCUGGCGACAACGAGCAGCUGCGCAUGCGCCUGAGCCAGGCCGAGAAGGACGGCGCCGAGGUCGUGGAGAGGCUGAAGCUGGAACACGUCCAGGCCCUGGAGGAGGCCGCCGCCGCCCAUAAUAAGCAGAUUCAUGACCUGAAGGAGCGGCUAGCCUCCCUAGCAGAAGACAAGGAGAGCCUUGACAAUGCGGUGCGCGCCGGGCUGGACAAAGCUGAGAACCAACACCUGGUGGAGCUGGAGGAUGUCCUCGGGAAGCUCCACGCAGCCGAGCUCAAGGUGAAGGAACUGGAGGAGAUGGGAGCCGAGUUAGAGCGGCGGGCCCUGGGUGAGAGAGAAACCAAAGACAUGGUGGCGCAAAUGGUUCGCCGUUUGUGUCGCAGCCAAAGCGGCCAGAAGGAAGAAGUCGAAGAUGUUCAGAAUCAAGAAACCGAGUUAUUUGGUGAACUGAGAUCAUUGCUGGAAGGCAAAGUGGCCGAAAUCCUGUCACUACAGCAAAGUUUGGCCAGUGUGGAGCAAAAGAAAGACGCUGCGGAGCAGCAGCUUGGAGACCUGAAGCAGCAGUUGGCUGCAAGCACAGAGGAGCAGACCAACUCUGCAAAAACUAUGCAAGAAACCCUUGAGAGGCUCAGCAAAAAGGAGGAGCAGUGCACAACUCUGAGCACGCUAUCGGAGUCUCUCAAGAGUCAACUUAAUGGGCUGGAGAGGAAGCUGGCGGGUGCCGACGAAAAGGUACGGCAGCUGGGCGAGGACAAGAGCAAACUGGAGAAAGACAUUUCGGACAUGAUGACGGCGUCCGGUGACAGUUCGGUGCAGCUGAGCAAAAUGAACGAAGACCUGCGGCAGAAAGAAAGGAGGCUUGAGGAGUUGCAAUGUCAAUUGGCGGAGGAAAAGAACAAGGUGGCUCUCUCCAAUGAGCAACGGGAGCAGGAUCUGUCCCGCAAAGACCAAGAAUUGUGUGAGACGCGAGACAAGCUCGACGCUCAAAUAAAAGCUCUCCAGGAGAAGAUUUCCGCAUUGGAGAAAAGUGUGCAGCAGGGUGUCAGCGAGGCCGAGGAGCUGAAGGAGUCUCAAGAGAAGGCUCUCACCCAGGCCUCAGAACUCCACGGCAAGGAGGUCCAAGGGCUGCGGGACGAGCUGGACAAGCUGAAGCAGGAGCUCUCCUCCUCCAAGGACAGGAGCCGCGAGUUGGAAAAGCUGGUGUCUGAGGUGCAGACAUACAAGGACAAGCUUCAGCAUCUUUCCGCUGAGCUAGAGUCCUCCAAGCAUGAUGUUGAAUGCUUGUCCGCAAAGCUGGAAGCGCAGACUGUAGAGCUGGAGCGCAAGUGUCAGGAUAGAGAGGAUGCCCACGUUGAGAAAUGCAAAUUGGAGACGCAGCUCUCGGAAGCGCAGAGCAAGCUUUCUGCUCUCCAAGAUGAUUCGAUCCAGAAUAACGACCUCCGCGUUACCAUAGAGAGGCUCUCGAAGGAAAGGGAUGAAUUACUCGACGGCAACAAGCGUGCCGAGGAAGAAAGAACGUCACUGAAUGACCAGUUGGAGAAGCUCAAAAAUAGUUUCCAGGAGGCACAGACUGAAAAUACCGACCUGAAGAGCGCCAAUAUCAAACAGCUGUCCGAUAUCGAGGAUCUCAGGAAACGAAACGAGGAGAAGGAUGCCACGCUGCUCAAACGCCAGCAGGAUGCUCAUCAAGCUGAAAGUAGUAAGAAGCAGCUUCUGGAGGACUAUGAAAAUGUCUGCAAAGAGCGCAGCAGGCUAGAGGAGGACCUCAACCAGAGCAGGUCUAAACUCGGGUGCGAGAACGAGCGGCUCAUCUCGGAGCUCGAUGUGGCCAAAAACGCCAAAAAGUCUCUGGAUGCCAAGAACGCAGAGUUGCAAGCCAAGCUGCAGUCCCUCAACUUGGAGAAAGAAGAUCUGACCAUGAAGAACACGCAGCUGCAGGCUCGCGCAGAAACGCUAAGCAAGGAGAAGGCUACCAUGUCCUCCGAAAUCAGCGCCGUCGCGUCGGACAAGAAGAAUCUCGAGGCGGCGAAAGAGGAACUCCAGAAUCAGCUCAACCUUGCCAAGAAAGAGCUGGACGGCUCCGUCCGCGAAUGCGAAGACCUGAAAGCAUCCCGCCUCAGCUUGGUCCGGAUGCUGGAGGAGUCCAAGACCAGCAGCCAGGUGACGGAUUCCGAAAGGCUUCAGCUCCUGCAGGAGAAGGAGGACUUGCUCGCCGGCCAAAGGAAAGUUUUCCAGGAGAAGGAGGAGCUGCUCAAAGACAUCGAAGAGCUGAAGAAGAAGAUUGAAGUCUCUGCCCAGCAAUUGACUCUGUCCGGCAAAAAGCUGAAUGAGGUGUCUGCAACUUUGGAGCAAGAGAGGCAGACCUUUCACGCACAGAAUUCUGAAAACUCGGAGGCGCUGCAUACGCUGAGGAAAGACAAACUGACCCUCGAGUUGACACUCGAGCAACAAAAGACGGAUUACGAGUUUCUGGCGGCGGAGAAGGGCGAAAUGGAAGCAAAGCACUUGAAGGCCACGGCGGAGAUUAGCGCCCUAUUGCUCGAGCGGGACAAGCUAGUGUGCGACAUCCGAGAAACAAAGGACCAACUGGACAGCUUCUCCAGAGCUCAAGGCGAUAUUAGUCAGGAGAAGUCUCGUCUCGAAGCCAUGCUCAAGGAAGCCGCUUGCGAGACAAAGUCCGUCGUAGCCGAGUUGGCGUCGCUAAAAAAAGAAAAGGCCGAGCUGGAGAGCAAACUGGAGAAACGUAGCUCCGAAAUUGAACUCCUAGAAAAGGCCAAUGCCGAGCUUGCCCGAGGACGCAGCGAGCUCGAAAGCGGCGUGGAGAAAUCCACCGCCGAACUUAAAGGGCGAGUCGACGAACUCACGAAAAACGCGGCGUCGUCGGAGACUCAAAAAAAGCAGCUCCUCAAAGAGGUCCUGCAAAUAAAAAAGCAGGCGGCGGCGUUGUCCGAGGCCAAGCGUGAUCUGGAGAAGCGGCUCCAGGCGGAAUCCGACGAACGGAUUCGCACGGCUGCGCAAACGGAGGAGCUGCAGACCGCCUUGUCACGACUUCGGCGGGCCAACGACGACAUGUCCUCUCAACUUAAGAGCGCGGGGGAGCGUCAUGCGAUUUUAACGGCAGAAAGCGAUUUGGCAAAAGCAAAUCUGAAGGAACAAGAGCAGAUGACCCGAGAGCUAUUAUCCAAACUGGACGAGACUGAGAAACGCGCAUCCGCCCUGGAAACGGAGAAGCGGGAGCUGCUCGCCGGACGCGGUCGCUUGGAGCAGGACGUUUCCCAAUGGCUUGCGGAGAAAUCACGGCUGACCGCCGAGCUGGAGAAGUUCCAGGAGGACGUCAAGACCCUCCGUGCGGGGGAGGCCGCCCUGGAGAAGCGGCACCAGGAGGCCGUCGCCGAGAGAGACCGGCUCCGGUCCCAACUUAAACAUACCAUUGCUAAGCAGCUUGAGGCCUCUGAGGCGUCCGGCCAGACUGCCGAAGUGCUCAAGCAGUUGACUGAGGAGAGAGAUGCCUUGCUUCGAGAGAAGAGUGAAGCUCAAGUUCUGUUGGAGGGUCUUCGUUCUUCCAAACGAGAGAUGGAGGCACAGAUGGAUGAGCUAAAGCAAGACAAAUCAAAGUACCAGCAAGAGCUGACAGCAUCCAAAGAGCAACUUGGUGCCGACAGCCAGAAGCUGGACAGUCUCACCCAGGAAAUCAAGGAGCUCAAGGAAGAUGCGUCGGUCAAGUCGCGCACGCUGGAGUCGCUCCAAAACGAGAAGGACAAGCUGACUCAGGAUAUUGAGAACAAUCACCAGGACCACAGUGAACUUAUCAAGCUCAAGGACGAGCACUCAAAACUCCAAGCACAGUUAAAGGAGUUGAAACAAAGCCUACCAUGUUAUGCCUUCAGUGAGAGCACUUUGAAGGAGAAGAUGGACAAAGAGAACGCAGAGUUCCAGAAGGCUGUUGGUAAAAAUCGUGCCUUAGUGUCGGAGAAGGAGGAGCAGAUUGAAGCCCUCAAGACGGAGCUGGCCGCCGCGCGUGGCCAAAGUGCCUCGGGGGAGAACUUUCAGACUGCCAUAGCUGCCUUGGAGCAGGACAAAGCUCAGCUCAAGCAGCGAGUGGAGAAGCUGGAGCAGGAGCUGGCUGCCGUUCCCUCAGGUGACUCCGUCGGCGAACGACCGAGGGACAAGGACACGGAGGCCGAGCACCAUCAGGCAGCGAUUGACUUCCUGAAUUCGGUCAUCGUUGGCCUGCGCAAGGACAACUUGGACCUCAAGGACCAGAUGGAGAAAAUGGCCGCCGCCGCCCUCAACGGCAACAACACCAGCGAGCCGGACGACUUUGACGACUUGGACGGGGAGGACAAGGAAAGCGGCAAGAAGAAAAAGAAGAAGAAAAUGAAGCCCCCUCCCCGAGUGUUCUGCGACAUCUGCGACUGCUUCGACCUCCACGACACAGAGGACUGCCCGGCGCAGGCGCAGGCACCCGACUCGCCGCCCCACACCGCCUAUCACGGCAGCAAGGGCGCCGAGCGGCCCUACUGCAACGUCUGCGAGGUGUUCGGCCACUGGAGCCACGACUGCAACGACGACCGCACCUUCUGAACGCCGCGGGCCCGGCCUGGGCUUUUCCGUCCAAAAGCGUCUCGAGGGCUAAAAAUGCGUCCGGAACCGGCGUUUGCACAGCUUGUCACACUGAUCGCCAAAAAAAGGGUUGGGAUAUUUAGCCGACAUGUUUGGCUCAACUUAAAAUUUAACCCAAUCCGGCAGGGGGGCUCCAUUUGGCGAGACCGGAGGUGUCACAGACGGCUUGGAAAUGAGCAACGGGCCAAAUGAAGUUCGCCUGCAAAGGUUGGAAUGCGUUUUAGAUUUAUUCAGGAGUUUGGCGAUAUCCCAAACUUUUUGGUGAGUAGUGUGUAUAUAGAGAUACAGAAAUAUAAGUCCAAAAUGAUUCUAUAUGAAGGAAACGUUUUUCUAUGGCUGGAAAUACUUUUUUAUUGGAACUGUGGUGGGGUGCAUGCAGGGCAGAACACUUGAAACGCACUUCCUUCCUUGCUUCUUCUUUCUACUUGGGCUUUUCUGUACAAGUGAAUAAAAGUUGCGUGUUGAAAUGAA